AUGGCUGAAGAGAAGAAGCACCACCACCCCUUCCACCACGACAAGGACGAGGAGAAGCUAGUCGAGGAAGUUCAAUCCGACACCACCUAUGGCACGGAGAAGUACGCGAAAGAAAAGAAGGAACGUCAGCAUAAGGAACACCUCGGUGAGAUGGCCGCGGCUGGUGCUGGUGGCUUCGCCUUGUAUGAGAAGCACGGGGCAAAGAAAGACCCCGAACGCGCCCACAAGCACAAGAUUGAAGAAGAAAUAGCAGCAGGAGUCGGGGUUGGAGCUGGUGGAUACGCAUUCCACGAGCAUCACGAGAAGAAGGAAGCAAAGAAAGAAGAAAAGGCCGAGGGAAAGAAGAAUCACCACCUCUUUUAA